AUGUCUAGAGUACUCGAAGAAGACAACUAUGGCACAUGGAGUCGGGCCAUGAGAAUCAGUUUAAGUGCCAAAAACAAGAUUGGAUUCAUCACAUGUUCGAUCAAACCCCCUUCUCCUACAGAUGACGAUUUCCCGUCUUGGCAGCGAUGUAAUGACAUGGUAAUCUCUUGGUUAUUGAAUUUUAUUCAUCCAAGCAUAGUGAGUAGUGUGAUUUAUGCCGAAACGACUGCCGAAAUUUGGGCAGAUCUACAAGAAUAUUUCUCACAGGGAAACGAUUCAAGGAUCUUUCAAAUUCGACAGGACAUUAUACAACAUAGACAAGGCCAACAAUUAAUCUCUAUCUACUACACAAAACUUAAAGCUCUUUGGGAUGAACUUUCAUCUUAUUACGAGUCAGUGUACUGCACAUGUGGUGGAAUGGAAAAACUCAAGCAAAGAGAAGAAAAAGAAAAAGUCAUGCAAUUUCUCAGGGCAUUGAACGACAAUUAUGCUGCUGUUCGAGGGCAGAUCUUAUUGAUGCAACCCUUACCUGAUACACGGAGGGUUUAUUCUCUUGUUAUUCAGCAAGAAAAGCAGGCCGAAGUUUCUCUUAAUCGCGGGAAUCUGAACCACCAUGCAAUGCUUACAAAUCGAGAUAAUAAGGUGACUCAAAGGCAAAGGACGCCCCUGCAUUGCUCUUACUGUGAUCGAGAUAAUCAUAGCAUAGAGAAGUGUUUUUACCUACAUGGUUUUCCAGUGGGCCACAAAUUCCAUGGAAAGAACAUAAAGCUUCCCAAUCAGCGGCGUCCAACCGCAAAUAAUGUGAACCUAGAGACAGACAAAAUUUUCGAAACGAGUGGAAAGUCUCUCACGGGGGAUGACGUGCCAAAAUUUACUUCGGAUGAAUCCAACCAAUUGAUGGCGAUGCUACGAAAAUCCAAUACUGAUGGUAACAAACAACACUUCGUCAAUGCCGCAGGACGCUGCUACGAAGAGGAUGAUUGGCCUGGGCAAGCAACAUGA